AAAAUGGUUACUCCUCCUGAUACAUUGAACUUGGACAGGGCUUUACGCACCGUCCCUUUUUAUCAUGAGAUCGAUCAGCGACAGCGUUGACAGAAGAAGAAGAGGAGGAGGGCUUUACAAAUUAUUUUAUUCCAGAAACUCCUGAGCCAUCGGUAUUAAUGGCUGAUCCCUCUGACCAAGAAUUGGAAACUAAGGAAAUGGACAUGACAAGCUUGUCAUCAUCUCAACGACAGGGACAGAGCCAACAGCCAUACAUCCACAAAGUUGGAAUUCCCCCACAGCAGAACCUCUUCAAGGAAUUCACAACGUCCGUGAAAGAGACUUUCUUUCCUGAUGAUCCUCUGCGUACCUUCAAAGACCAAUCUAGAUCUCGAAAGAUUGUCUUGGGCUUGCAGGCCAUCUUCCCUAUCCUUGAAUGGGGCCGUGAUUACAGUUUCUCCAAAUUUAAAAGGGAUCUCAUUGCUGGAUUAACUAUUGCAAGUCUCUGCAUUCCUCAGGAUAUUGGAUAUGCAAAGCUAGCAAAUUUAGAUCCACAAUAUGGGUUAUACUCUAGCUUUGUUCCACCAUUGAUAUAUGCAUUUAUGGGCAGUUCGAGGGAUAUAGCCAUAGGGCCAGUUGCUGUAGUGUCUCUUCUCUUGGGGACUUUGCUUCAGAAUGAAAUUGAUCCUACAAAAAAUCCAGCUGAGUAUCGAAGGCUUGCAUUUACAGCUACCUUUUUUGCUGGAAUUACGCAGGCUACUCUUGGUUGUCUCAGAUUGGGUUUCUUGAUUGAUUUUCUAUCCCAUGCUGCUGUUGUGGGGUUCAUGGGUGGAGCUGCCAUUACCAUAGCAUUGCAACAACUCAAAGGCUUUCUUGGUAUCAAGAAAUUCACUAAGAAAACCGAUAUACUUUCUGUAAUGGAUUCAGUAUUUAGUUCAGCUCACCAUGGAUGGAAUUGGCAGACGAUAGUCAUUGGGGCAACAUUCUUGAGUUUCCUCCUAUUUGCCAGAUAUAUAGGAAAGAAAAACAGAAAAUAUUUCUGGGUGCCUGCAAUUGCACCACUUAUCUCUGUUAUUUUGUCGACAUUCUUUGUGUAUAUUACACGUGCGGAUAAGCAAGGAGUUCAAAUUGUGAAGCACAUAGAGAAAGGAAUCAACCCUUCAUCUUUCCACCAAAUUUAUUUCAGAGGAGAAUAUCUUAUAAAAGGUUUCAGAAUCGGCAUGGUGGCUGGAAUGAUAGCUUUAACAGAAGCUGUGGCCAUAGGAAGAACGUUUGCUUCAAUGAAGGACUACCAACUGGAUGGCAACAAGGAAAUGGUGGCGUUAGGAGCCAUGAAUGUAGUUGGAUCAAUGACCUCUUGCUACGUAACCACAGGCUCCUUCUCUCGAUCAGCAGUAAACUACAUGGCCGGAUGCCAAACAGCAAUUUCCAACAUUGUGAUGUCACUUGUUGUGUUUCUAACGUUAAUGUUCUUCACUCCCUUAUUCAAAUACACCCCAAAUGCCAUCCUUGCAUCCAUCAUUAUCUCUGCAGUCCUGGGUCUAAUAGACAUCGAUGCGGCCAUCUUGAUAUGGAAGAUUGAUAAGUUUGACUUUGUAGCUUGUAUGGGGGCUUUCUUUGGAGUGAUUUUUGUUUCCGUUGAGAUUGGCCUUUUAAUUGCGGUGUCGAUAUCCUUUGCGAAGAUCCUGUUACAAGUAACAAGACCUCGAACUGCACUACUGGGAAAGAUUCCCAGGACUAACGUCUAUAGGAAUAUACAGCAAUACCCGGAAGCUUCCAAGGUUCCUGGAGUUUUGAUUGUUAGAAUUGAUUCUGCAAUCUACUUUUCUAACUCCAACUAUAUAAGGGAAAGGACACUUAGAUGGUUGAGUGAUGAGGAAGAACGAUUGAAGCAAGAGUUCCUUCCAAAAAUAGAAUUCUUGAUUGUGGAAAUGUCACCUGUUACGGACAUUGACACGAGUGGCAUCCAUGCUUUGGAAGAACUAAACAGAAGUCUGGAGAAGAGAGAAAUAAAGCUGGUUCUUGCAAAUCCUAGUAGGGUUGUGAUGGACAAGCUACACGCGUCGGGUUUCCCAGACAUAAUUGGGCAGGACAAGAUCUUUCUGACGGUAGCAGACGCUGUUAUGACAUGUUGUCGAAAAGUUGUAGAAGAAGAAGAGGUUUAAUAUAUAUAUAUAUAUAUAUAUAUAAUGUAGAUGAAAAGAGGAAACAACUUUUACUUUAGAUAUAAUAUACAUAUGGUUGAUGGGAGGGGGGGCAUGCAUGCAUGUGAUGCCAUUAAUAAUGAAGAAAGAAAGAAGAAAGCAGCAGUGGUGUCGUGUCUUCUAAUAAUAACAUAACAACAAGGAUCCCCUCCUCUCAUCAUCCGAAUUUUGAUUAUGUUUCUACUUUUAUUAAUAACCUC